UAGUUCAUAGAGAGCAACAGCAACAGACAGUAGAGUAAAGUUCCAAUGGCUUCGCAAAUGGGAAGCAAAUUCAAUCUGGGUGGACGUCCUUAUGAUCUGACCAUGUCGAAGAGAACCAGAAAGCCAUUGAAACUCGAAGAGACCCUCAGCAGCGAUGUUUCAGUUACAGGCUCGGAAGCUUUCCUUGACCAGGAGAAAGGGAUGGCCGGAGAAGAACUGGCUAGCGACCGUCAAAGCUUGAAGCAACUCAUUAAUAGCGAGGGAAACCCGCUGCUUGAAUUGGGUGAGGAGAGACGACGGAGGAGUUCGCUUGGCCACCACUUGACCGUCACCGAAGAAGUAACGCAGCUUCAUCAAAUGGUCAUGGUGAGGGCGAAGCAGAGACAAGGUGGGGGUGCCCAAGGGAUGAAUCUCAAGGGAAUGGUCAGUCGUUGUGCCAAGGUUUUGAGCCAAUUAGUCAAGGGACACCCACCACCCCCAGGAGGAUCCAAGAAACAGCUCAUCCUCCGUCUCACCAACUAAAGAAAGCCUGUUCAAG